AUAGCCGUGGUACUAAUAGAAGUCUGGGACUCCAGAGAGAGAGAGAGAGAGAGACAGAGAGAGAGGACAGGUCAGUUUGCAAUUGGAGAGUAACAGAUUAGAAUGAUGCAACAAUGUAUUGGAAUCUGGCAAUGAUGGAUUGGAACAAUACAACACUGGAUUUGAAUCUGAGAACAAAUGAUUGGAAUGUUACAACAAUAGAUUGGAAUAUUUUGACAAUGGUUCAAAAUGUGAGAACAGUUGAUGGGAAUGGUAAAACAUUGGGAAGGAGUUUCAUUGAGAUGUUGAAUUCUUUUUCUGCUACUUUUGAUCGGAAGCAAAUGAAAUCUCGCAUUCGAAUGGUCCUUCGGAUUAUGCAAUUCAUUUAUUAUCCGAUUCUCGCUAUUGUUGCAGUGCCUGCCAACGUAGUAACAAUUGUGAUCCUGUCCCAGAAAACUUGUGGUCUCUCUCGAUGUGUCUCUCAUUACCUGGUAGCCAUGGCAAUAGCAGAUCUCCUGGUCAUUAUCUUUGACCUCAUAUUGCGACACAUUCCAUUUGUCUGUUUGGAAGAGCGUCAUUUCUUAGAAGAUAUCCCUGUGUGUAAUAUUCAUGCUAUCCUGCUUUAUGCAGCCACUGACUGUUCUGUUUGGUUCACCGUCACUUUCACCUUUGAUCGAUUUGUCGCCAUUUGUUGCCCAAAUCUGAGAAGUAAAUAUUGCAACGUGAAAACAGCAGCCGCGGUUCUGGCAACAGUGACUGGAGUGAGCUGUUUGAAGAACAUUUUCUGGUAUUUUAUGUUUACUCAUAAGUAUCAUAACAAGAGCAGACCCUGGUUUUGUUGGGUCACAUGGGAUGUGAGGUUUUCUUCAGCCUGGGGAGCACUCGAGUUGUGUCAUUACAUACUAACACCAGGAGUUGCCUUUAUUCUCAUUCUGCUUCUCAAUGUUUUAACGGUUAGACACAUUGCAGUGACGAGCAGAUCCCGCAGGAGACUUCAUCAGCAGAGCAACAGAAGGAAUGCCAAAGACCCAGAGAUGAAGAGUCGACAAAAUUCCAUAAUUUUAUUGUUUCUUAUUUCAGGGAAUUUCAUUCUAUUAUGGGCAGUAUCUAUGGUGUAUUCCAUAAAUUGGAGAAUGAAUUUUUUGGGAAAUGAGACUGUAUAUCUGCCUCUUUUUGUAAUGGACCUGGGCUACAUGCUCCAGAUGCUGAGUUGUUGCACAAACACUUUGAUCUAUGUCAUCACACAUCCUAAGUUCAGAGAGCAUUUGAAGAAUAUUGUGCACUAUCCCUUUACUCCAAUUGUGAAAUGUAUUGUACAUUGAGACUGACUGAAGAAUUACAUCAUCAACAAUCAACGUUGCAUGGAUUUCGGUCUAAUCCACUAUCCUGGUGUCUUAUUAAUAGACAUCAUUGAAAGAAGAUGAUAUCUCCAGGACCUUUGCUCUGUGAUUUUUUCCUGCCUAAUUUGACAGCCUGUGCACUUGCGCCAGUACACUGUUUGUCUGCAUCUCAAUCCAAGUGUGUGUCUGUGGCUGUGCACGUGUAGAAGCAUCCGAUAGAUAGAUAGAGGAGCAGGUUCAGUAACAGACCCACGACCCAAGAGUGAACAGAACAUGACGCAAUGCUGCCCAGUUUGAGCAUUGUAAACAUGGUACCAAACUUGGUCCUUAAACUUAAUUCAAAGAAAUACAAACCCAUGAAAGCACAGUUAGUUAUGGGGUGCAGCAGAAAACAGGAUGUGAAAUGUCCAGAUGGUACAUCAGAAUCUUUAGACUUUUAAGGAGGCAUUUCAUCCUUCUCACAAAGUGAACUUUUCAUUGAGACACACUUCAAGGAGAAGGGAAUACCAUUCUUUACUAUAUACAGAUGUGAAGGAUCGCAUCAAGGUGAAAGAAACUGGUCAAUGCUGUGAAGCUGAUAGUGUAAGGUUGGAUUUCUUCGAACUGUCCUUGGAUGAUAUUGUGAAAGAGAGGGAGAAAGUGAAAUAAAAAAUCUAAACCAGCAAGAAGUUCUAUUUCUUCAACCGUCGAUAAAAGGAUAUCGGCAGCGAAAGGAAAUAUUCAUCCCUGAGUGAAUGGGAUUCAGGAAUUAACAAUGAUCACCGAGGCAAUGGGAUGGCCAUUGACCAAAUAUUUUCCAUCUCUUUCUGUUACUAAAAAUGCAUAAAAAUGCCCAAAACGAUCGGAAAUCAGGGUGGAAUGAUCAGGGAGUGAAACAACUCAUAUCGUUCAGUGACUGAAAUAACAAGAACUGCUGAUGCAGGAGCCGAGAGAUGACACAGUGUGGACCUGGAGGAACACAGUGGGUCAGGCAACAUUGGGGUGCAGGGGUGUCGACAUUUUGGAUGGGGACCCUACCUCAGGACGGUGGAGGGGGAAGGAACCUCAGAAAUAAGUGAGCUGGUCUGACUUUGUGGGAAGGUAUUUGAGGGGGUCAUAGGUGAAUGCAGGAAGGGUUUGUGGAGAUUGGUCAAUGGGAAGGGUAGACAUAAUAGACCAAGUUACAGUAUGUACAGGUUAAUCCCUGUUGGAAACAGAAGGAUUGUUCAGAGCCAUGGAUGCACUUGAGCGAGAAGGUGGAAGGAGAAGUGUAGUAUUUUCUGUAUUUGAAGAGAACUGUUUCUGGUGUAGUGGGGCUAUUGGGGAGUGUGGGUGCACAAAGGAGUCAUGAGAAGGUCAGUCCCUGCUGAAACAACUCAACGGUGUCUCCUGCAUUUACUGCAGUUCUCCCCUCAGACCACCUGCACCCAAUAGCAACAAGAAUAGAGUCCCCUGGUCCUCCCAUACCAAGCUGACCAACAUCUGAAUCCAAUACGUCUGCCACCACUUUCACUACUUGCAAUCUGACCCCACCACCAAAGAGAUAUUUCCCUCUCCAUCCUUAGCUGUUUUUCGUAGGGACCGCUCUCUCCACUACAACCUCUUCCUCUUGAGAUGUUGUUGGGAUAACAUCCCAUUUCAUUUCUAUACUUCUAUAAAUAAAUGUCCUUUAUCUGCCUUAAAACUUCCUGCCCAACGAGGAAUUAGGUGUAAGACUUUGUAACUCCUUCGCUUCUGACACAGCAGUGUGCAGACACUGCCUUAAGCUUCCUGAUUGAACAGAAUUAGAGUUAAACUGUCUCAAAUAAAGUUGUGAGGAACAUUUGUAAAGGUGUGAGACUCCUGAAGGAUUUAACGUCUGUCUCUGACAAUGGGGCCAGGGCACUGACUUUGUUCAAUCCAGGCACAUCGGCAACUUGAAAUUACAUUCUGUCUCAUUAACAACUUGAAAUCGCCUCCUGCCAUGAGCAGUCACUUCACAAACGAUCAAUACUAUAUCCUGGCCUUUCAUGUUCUUGAUGUAAUAAUUGUUUUGUAUCCUGUGUCUGUCUGUUGUAAUAAUUGUUUCAUGUAUCAUGUCAUUGCGAGAUGUGAAUUUGUUUCAUGUAUAAUGCACUUAGAAAAGUAUAAAAAGC